GCGCAAAAUACACAGAUUUUGCUAUUUAUAUUUUUUAAAGCCAUUCUCUCGAACCCUUAUCUUUCUCUUUCUCUUUCUCCCUCUGUAUCAAAUCUCUCUCUCAAAGCCUGUGUUCGUCUAGGGUUUCGAUUCGAUUCAACAACCAUGUUUCAAGCUCCGAACAGAUCGAGCAAACCGACUCACGGUGGUAACGAUUCGGAAUAUCCCGUACCACCUUCCAACAAUUUAUGGGUUGGAAAUCUCUCUCCCGAUGUCACAGAUCUCGAUUUGAUGAAUCUCUUCUCCAGACACGGUUCAGUCGAUAGCGUAACCCCUUACGCUUCGAGGAGUUACGCUUUUGUCUACUACAAGCGAAUCGAGGAUGCUAAGGCUGCCAAGCAGGCCCUCCAAGGGACGAUUUUGCGUGGAAAUUCUUUGAAGAUUCAGUUUGCGAGACCGGCUAAACCAUGCAAAAGUUUGUGGGUUAGUGGAAUCGGCCCAUCCAUUACGAAGGAAAUUUUGGAAGAAGAGUUUCUCAAAUUUGGUAAAAUUGAGGAGUUCAAGUUCCUCAGGGACCGUAAUACUGCAUAUGUUGAUUACCUUAGAUUGGAAGAUGCUUUUCAAGCAUUAAAAAGUAUGAAUGGGAAGCAAAUAGGCAGUGACCAGAUACGUGUUGAUUUCCUCAGAUCACAGACUUCAAGAAGAGAACAAGGGGCUGAUUACCAUGAUGCAAGGGAAGGACAGUUUCUUAGCCGGAGAAUGGGCCCUUCUGAUUCACCAUGGAUGCCACAAGACACCAUUAGAAACUAUUCUGAGCCUAUGCAUUCUGGGUCCAAAAGACAACUGCAUUCUCAAUCUUCUGGAGGGCCAAAGGGCGAUGGACAGCCAAGCAAUAUAUUGUGGAUAGGUUACCCUCCUCCUGUUCAUGUUGAUGAGCAGAUGUUGCACAAUGCGAUGAUUUUAUUUGGUGAGAUCGAGUCAAUUAGAAGUUUUCCUUUGAUGCACUACUCGUUAGUUGAAUUCAGAAGUGUUGAUGAGGCACGGCGUGCCAAAGAAGGGUUACAAGGUCGUCUUUUCAAUGAUUCGAGGAUAUCGAUUAUGUAUUCGGACAGUGGUCUUGCUCCUAGCCAAGAUUACCCUGGAUUUCACCCGGGAAUCAAAGGGCCAAGGCCGGAUAUGUUUUUUAAUGAACCUCCAUUUCGACCUGCACAUAUGGACAUGUUUCAUCAUAAUCUUCCGAUGGUUGCAAAUACACUUUCUGGACCUGCACCAUCUAGUGGUAUUCUCGGUCCUAAUAUGCUGAUGAGGCCUUUUGGUCCUCAAGGUAACUUUGAACCUCUACUUUCAGGACCAGAAUUCAAUGAUUUGACUGCACUGCAUAAACGGCCGGAUGCUAAUCCCAAUGGUCUGAUGGGUGGUCCAAAUUGGAGAAGAUUGUCUCCUGCACCUGGGAUGCUUCCAUCUCCUUCAUCGGGCAUGAAGCGACCAAUCAGACCUGUGUCUGGUGCAUGGGAUGUAUUUGAUGCAAAUCAACUUCAAAGGGAAUCCAAGCGGGCAAGGAUUGAUACAGUUUUUCCUGUUUAUGAUUCUUCUUUUCCUUCAAAGAAAAUGGAUGAUCAGGGCUUGGGGUUGGACCGAUUACAUGGGCUUCGCCCGCAAGUUGAUGGAGGUGCUUCAGGUUCAGAGGUCAAUGUUCAAGAGAAGAAUAUCUUUAGUCCACCAGAAGUAAGGAUCAAAACUGUUGGAAAUGAUCACGUCCAUCCGGAUCAUGAUUACAUAUGGCGUGGUGUUAUUGCCAAGGGUGGAACCCCUGUUUGUUGUGCUCGUUGUGUCCCUCUUGGGAGAGGCAUUGAGUCUGAGAUUCCUGACGUGGUCAAUUGCUCAGCCCGAACAGGCCUUGACAUGUUAACAAAACAUUAUUCUGAUGCCAUUGGAUAUGAUAUUGUCUUCUUUCUGCCUGAUAGUGAAGAGGAUUUUGCUUCGUACACUGAGUUUCUGCGUUAUUUAGGGGCAAAAGGCCGGGCUGGGGUGGCCAAGUUUGAGGAUGGGACCACCUUAUUUUUGGUGCCUCCGUCAGAUUUCCUCUCUAAUGUGCUAAAUGUUGCGGGUCCUGAACGCCUUUAUGGGGUGGUCCUGAAGUUCGCACAACAUUCCCCUAGUAGUACAUCCAUGCAGCCACAGUCCUUCCCGUCUCACUACAUGGAUGGACAUCAGAUUCCUUCUCAAAAUGAGUACAGUGGCUUGCCUCGGGAGGAAAAUGUUUUGCAGAUGGAUUAUAGUAGUGCGUUACACGAGGACUCAUUGCCUCCUAGAAAUCAGCUUGCACCUUCUAUUACUGCCUCGCUUCCCAUGCAACCAGCCUCAGGAAAUACUGCAGCAGUGUCUCAAGCUGGAGUUAGUUUGACUCCUGAGCUUAUUGCCACUCUAGCAUCCUUACUUCCAGCCACUGCAAAAUCUUCUGGUUCAGAAGCUGCCCAACAACCACUAGGAUCGUCCUCGAUGAGACCUUCAAUGCCUGCUAGCACUGAAUUGGAAAGGGGACUUCUGCAACAAGGUCCUCAGCAGACUGGUCAUCCAUUGCAUCAAGUGGAGCAUCAAUUUAAUCUCCAGAGACAACUUCCCCAGGUUCAGACUUACGCAACUGGCUUGAACACAUCAAGCAAUUCUCCACUGGGGGUUACUGGAAACUCCCAAGUUCAAGAUCCUGCAUUUCACCUGCCACAAGGUGCAGUUUCUUCUAGGCCACUGAAUAUGUUAGGAAACCCUUCACAGAGUGGACAACUUUCUGUUUCCCCACAGGUUGACUGGCAACGUCAGUACGAAGUUCCUCAGAUUACUCAGACGGGCUUUGGGAUGGCACAUGGAACAGAUUCUCUUGGUUCAUAUGGUUCAUCUAUCUAUCAGCAACCUGCAAACUCUGUUUCAUUGUCUAAUCAGGUUCAUGGUAGUAAUGUUACUCAGCAGCCCCAUACUGCAUUGCCGCAGGGUGCUGAUAUAUCUGAGCUUUCGAAUCAGGUUCUGCAGCUUCAGCCUGCCCUUUAUGGAGCAAGUCAGGGAACAUCAGAGGUUGAGGUUGAUAAGAAUCAGAGGUACCAGUCAACGCUGCAGUUCGCAGCUAACCUCCUCCUCCAGAUACAGCAGAAGCAGCAGCAACAGCAACAGCAACAGCAACAACCAAGCACUCAAGCAGGGCAAGGGUCCGUUAAUCAUUAAUGAUAUUUCCGUCAACCAGUUCGUGUGAUAUUUAGAAAACUUUGAAUAAGGUUGGUGAGAUGAACAAGUUACUCCGGUUUGGAUACAUAACCUCAUAUUGAGAACUUUAUCCAAAUGGCAUUAAAAUUGAAUUGUCGUUUCAUUAAGUUUUCUGAUGAUAUAAGGUGCAGAGGAGGGAAUAAAUGAUCUCUUGAUUUCUUAUUGGAUAUUGUUUGUGGAAUUAAGUUUGGCAUGGAAGGUUUAAAGCAUUUGGUUACAUGGGGAUUCAAAGGUUGGUUGACAGAAAUUGAAGAAUGCUUAUUGGAGGUGGAAAAUUGGCCUCUUUUGGGAUCUGAUUUAUUCUUGGCAUUUUGGAUUGUGAUCCCUUUGGAAGAGUAGAGUGUAGGAGUUUAGCCUUGCUGGUUUGUCUUUGAUAGUGGUUUCAUGGCUAGGGAAAACCAGAGUUAGGUUGUUGGAAUUCAUUUUUUUGCAGUUUUAGCCACUUAUGCUGGAAUUUCUUUUUUCUCAACAUGCUUUAAUCGGUUUAUAGGUCGGUUCUUAGUUGUUGUGGAUAAUUUUCGGCUUAGAAAAAAACUACUUACAUUUGGUUGAAGCCUUUGUUGCUAGUUCUGGUAUGUCAUCUACUAGAUCUCUCACAAGGAUGUGUCAGUUGCGUAGAGGGUAGGUUGGGGUAUUCUCUAUAUUGUAGAAUAUUUCGAAGUUUGUUUCGCUGCAAUAUGUUGAGAUAUACUUGGUGUUUCCUUUCAAGUUGAAGCAUUUAGGCUUGGUGAUUCUCAAAAUCUAGAAUUUAGGAGAUACUGCUAUGGAACUUACUUCAUAGACAUGUACAUUUGUGUUUAUCCCUACAAAUCACAGACCACGUGCUUAUGUUUUGUUUUUUUUUGUUUUUGCUUUUUACCUUUUCCUUUUCCUUUUUGUGGUUGUGCUUGUUGUAAUGCUAAAACUGGAUCAGUUAAUUUUUAUGAAUAGAAUUCACAGUUAUUUUAGCCACAUAGGCUUCUUUACUGGAUCUGGCGCCAUCUGGUAGCAUAGGCUUCUUUACUGGAUCUGGCAACGUAGCAACAUAGGCUUGUUACAAAACACUCUUGCUAUUUCUCUUGGUGAUCUAAUGGCAGUCAUAGCUCCAUCGUGCGUGUCAUUUAUUGCAUCAAUACCCUUUUGUCACAUCUGUUUUCUCUUAUACUCACCAUAUCAUAUCUAUAGGCACCCUAUCGUAAUUGUUUUUUUAGAUUUAUAAAAAUCAUACUAAGAUCACUCCUCUUCACACUGUAAAUUUCUAUUGGUCUUCCUAAAAAAAUUGCUUCCAUAGUAGAUCUUUCGGGUGUAAAUUCAAACUGAUUUUCUGGCACUGUUGUUGCAAUUCUUAAGCGCACUUUGUUUAAUCUACACCCGUCACACAUGAGCUACUACCCAUAUUUACAAGUAAAAAAUCUAGUGAAUCUAGGACUGAUGAAGUAUCAUAUCAAAUUAUCAAUUUAUGCUAAUAUUGUAUUAGGUCAAUUAUCUUUUUAACUGUAAAAAGAAUUUGGUUCUUCUUUUGUGUAUAUAUAAUUAUAUUAAAAAAUAAAUAAUGCCCAAUUAAUUCCUAUUAAUGGGUGUUUGGGAGGGGUUGGAUUGGGUACAUACCUAACUUUUGGCAUAAAUGCACUAAGUGGAUGUCCUCAAACUUGAAUUCAUAAGGCUUUGGCCUUUAUCAUAGACCUUGAUUUCGCUACGAAUAUAGGGAACUCGGAAUAGCGGAGAUUGGUUCGUAUUUCGCUUCCAAAGUUAGUCGUCUUUGCCCAAGUGUGAAUUGCAGAUGACUCUACGGCGCCGUGUUUUAAAAAGCUCUAGGCGCACAAAGGCGAUAAGGUCUCCUAUAGCCUAAGUGCGAGGCGUGAGGAGAGGUGUGCGCCUCACUAAAGUGAGGCGCAAGUUGUAGAAUAUAAGCAAAAUUUUAAAGUAGGUAAAGUUUUCAACAUAAACAUAACAUUUUAAAGUAGGCAAAUAAUCUUUAAACAUAAUAUUCAAUCUUCUAAAAAUCACAAAUAUAUUAUCCAACAAAAGAAGAAAAGGUUAAUAAAGAUCCACCUUUUUGCAUGCACAAGCAUAAAAAGAAAGAAAGAAAGAAAAAGAAGCAGAGAGAGAACCACGAGCAGCGAAGAAGGACAACCUAGCGAAAGAAAUGGGGAACAGUGGCUGUAGCAGAAAAAGAAAGAAAAAAAGAGGGAGAGAGAGAACUAGGACCAGCGAAGAGAGAGAGAACUAGGACCAGCGAAGAAGAAGGAGAACACUACGAAGAAGAAGAAGAAGAAGAAGAAGAAGAAGAAGAAGAUAAGAAGAAGGAGAAGGAGAAGGAGAAGAGAAGAACUUGAAGAAGACAAAUGUCGAUCUUUCUCUUUUCCAUGCAAUGUCGAUUGAUUUUUUUAAUUGAUCUCCGCCUAGGUUUUUUUUUUUUUUAUAAUUUUUUUUUUAUCACUUUCUGAUCACGUUUGGCCUUUUAUAUUGAAGGGUUAUAAUUCCCUGUGGGUAUGCACACAGAAAAAUCGCUUAAUCAACAGUUUGAGUAAAAAAAUACAUGAGGCGCAUAAAGCCCACACCUUGCACCUUAGAAUAAAGCCCUCACCCCAGCACCUUUCGUGCCCCUUCCAUUCCUUGCCUCGCCUCGAUCUGUUCGAGGCAUAGGGCUGUGCCUCAUUGCACCUUGAGCUUAGGCGCAUGCCUAAGCGCGCUUUUUAAAACACUUCCGGUGGUUCCAUUCCUUCUUACUGUACUUUUGGGUCAACCCAACCUGAAUGGGAAGAAGAGGGUCAGCCAAACAGCGGGCAGCUCCACUUUGUACGUUUGCUGAGCACAGAGCAAUCAAGCAUUUUAGACAAAGGAAGGGAAUUUCUCACCGAAGGAGGCAGUAAGAUAGAAUGUUAGUUUAAAGUCCAUUUGGGUAGAUAAUAUGGCUUGACAAUGUCGAGCUAAAGACUAUUACGAAGUAAAUAUAGGGUCUGUCUCAGCCUUGACUAUGGAAUUAGUUUUCCUCGUGACUAUCUUUCCCCUGAAUCCUGGUUGGCUGCAAUAUUUUGAGCUAGGGAUCCUACAAUUCCCUAUGAAGCUCCCUGACAACCCCUUCAAUCUAUCUUCAUCUUGGCUGGCAGCCUAGGUUGAGCCCGCAUACCUUUAUUUCCCUCUACUUCAUAUCUAAAUAAAGAAUUGUCUAUAAUAGAAAACAACUCAGUAACAUUAUAUGCCGUGUGACAACUAUGCAUGGAAAGCAUUAACCUAUAGAGCUUAUGCCAUUAAAAUAGGUAGGUUCUUUUUGAUGACAAGGUCGGCAAUAACAUAUGCCACAUUCUAUGUUUAAAUUGCCAUUCAUUAAGUAUUUUUUUAAAAAUUUAUUUCCGCAUAAUAACUCAGACAAUAUAGAUUGCCGUGGAUGUAAGGGCUUUUGAACUUAUUCAUAUACAUUUUCUAACUGUCUUGUUUUAGGCCUUAAUUGCAUUAAUGUUCAAGCCCCUCCAAUUAUAGGAAUUAUUUAUCCUAUAAUGCGAUUAAGGCCUAAAACAAGACAAUCAGAAAAUAUAUAUGAAUAAGUUCAAAAGCCCUUACAUCCGCGGCAAUCUGUAUUUUCUGAGUUAUUAUGUGGAAAUAAAUUUAAAAAGAUGUUUUUUGUCAUUUGCUCAAUGAAUGGCAAAGUUAUUAUGUGGAAAUAAAAUAUAUAGAAUGUGGCAUAUGUUAUUGCCGACCUUGUCAUUAAAAAGAUGUUCGUAAUUACUUGGAAUUGAUAUGUUGAUCAUUCAUAAUGCGAGUUUGAUUUUGUUUUGUGUCAUUUACUUUGUCAAGUCAAUAGAUGUUACAACAUUUUUUUGGUUGUCCUCUGGAUUAACAUAGCUGUCAUCGUGUCUG